AUGUUAAGUCUUUUUUUUCUUUCUUGCUUUUCUAUUGCGAGGUGCUGUCGCAAAGCAAUGGAGGCGAAGUUGGAGGCUGUUGUCGCAGCUCUGCAUGGACGGUUUGAUAAAAAUGGGUCCUUCUCUCAUCCAUCGCAUGCUUACGGCAUUGCGUGGGAGUUGGUGAACGCCCUGGCUGCGACGGAGCGUCGGUGUCAGCUGCAGCGUCUCCUUUUACUCUUUGAGGAGAAUCGAGAUGACUACACGGUGGAGCAAAUUGUUUCCGCGGGGUCUUUGGUGCGUGCAUGCGGCCUUUUGCUCGAGCACGACGUGUGGCGAUGGGAGCGAGCGAUGCAUUCGAUACUUGUGUCGCACCCACCUUUUUCGAGGGAUGUCGUCUCGUCCGUCUGUUUUUGCGUUGCGCAGAUGGCAGUGUGCGGCGACUCCGUUGCGUUGGUUGGAGUGGCUGGGGCAUCGCUACAGAACACUGCUUCGGGUGAAUCUUUGCCGGAGGAGGUUGCGAGUGAGCUGCUGGCGGAGUGUACCGACGUUCUUGUGAGGCGGCAUCGGGUGGAAGAGGGGGAAAAGGAGGAAGGAGACACGAAUGAGGGAGAGGAUCCGAGAGGGAAAUCUUCUUCACGCCGUGCGGCGCUGAGGGAUGCGUUGAUUGGGUACGCACUGGAUGCGCUCUCGUGCAAACGUGGGGCUGAGGCACUGAGUUCUCUUCUUUCUUCUCGUGUGUUGAUACCACUACUUCUCUCCGGCGGCCACCAGUCGCUUGAAAGCCACCAUCCGCGUAUUCAGUCACUGCUGCAGUCGAUCUCAAAGGAAACAGCGCGGCAGGGAGAGGUCGUCGUCCUUGUCACGGCACUUUUUGAGUAUCUGUUUCGUUUUACGGAUGGCGACAAAGACAGGGACUACCGGUGCUCCCCGCAUCUGUGGAACACACUCUAUGCGGCAUUUUGGGAUGCUCUCACGUGCGACGCCGAUGCAGGACGACGCGGGAAUAUGCAGUUGCGUGUGGAGUAUCUUUUGAAGCGCAUUGUUGACCUCACACACGGGCAGGAGACGCACGAGAAGUGGGAAAAAACUGUUUUCUUUCAUGAGCAAUUUGUGUGGGUUCCCGCAGCAAGCCACAAUCAGUGGGGAUUAUUUUUUCUUGUUCUUGAGGCCACCAACGAGUUUGGGCUGCACAUCGUUCAGCCGGCACUCUUGAAACUUGACGUCCUUGUGGACUCUUUGACUUGUGACGCCGUGGCCUGGGCCGCCAUAAAGGAUGGCGGCAAUACGGAGGCGGCGGUGUCGGGCCCUUCGCUUGUUGGUAGCCUUCACCCGGCAUGGGUGGAGCUGCUCCUUUUGAAGGUGUUGCUGCAUCCAAACACGGCCGUUCGAAAGGCUGGGUUGCGGCGGCUGUGGUCUCUGAGCACAUCGGUUCUGAGGCUCUUUUCCAGUGUUUUUCUCUUCACGAGUGCUGUGGAGGCCUCUCUGGACUCGCGGCUUUGCGCAGAUAUUGACCGCACACCGCAUGCGACACACCUCUCCAUGUUCAAGGGCUUUGAGGGGGCCGAGGUGCGUGCCCUGGAGGGUAUGGCGGGGCCAAUGGCGGAUCAACUCGAACGGUUUUACGCUUGCAUUUUUCGGGAUGUUUUAUGCACGGCUCAUAAACGCAAGGAGGCCAUGUGCCGCCUCCUGCAUGGUGUUGUGGAGAGGCCUAGCGUGUACGGCGUGACGAUGCUCCUUUGCAUUCUUCACGGUGUUGCAGAGACGCUGUCGCUCGAUACUGAAGCGCGUAGCAGAGAGGCAACCUUGGAGAUGAUCACGGAUCCGAAUGUCCUGCAGGAGUUGCUGCUGCUCUUGAGGGAUGCGGCACAUGACGGUGUUCCAUUUUGGCUUGAUGUUCGUCUCAGUGCUGUUGCAUUCAGUGCUCUUCUGCACUUUGCCCGGAUCGAUCCCACUUUGGUGCGUCAGUGCGACGGCCUCUGGAAACUGCUCUGUGUUUGUGGCCCUCUUGGGAAUUCCGGUGGGGGCAACGCCUCUGCCAUUGAUUCCGUGGGACACAUUGGUGCUUUCGGCACAUGCAUUCACCCUCGUUUUUUAAACGAACAACUGAUACGGAUGUCUAUUGCUGCACCGAUUGGGGGGAGCAAUUUCAGGUUUGCGCGCAUCCUGUUGCGGACAGAUCGUCUGCUUGAGGAUGUGCGGCAGUUUCUUCGUUUUGCCUCCUUUGAUGAGGCGCGUGUAAAGCAGCUCUUCUUUCUUUGCGGAGCCUUGGACAUAGCGGAGUCCGAGGACCGAAGGCUUCUUGCGGAUGUGGCGCAGGAGAUUGGGACAACACUUCUCUCCUUUGCGAAGAGGCCGUACAGUCCGUCUGAGUCUUUUCUUGCGGCGUUGGCCGCGUUUGUAGAGUUUCAUCGCUCCGUUGGAGCGGUGGCCUGCAAGCGGUACUACUCGCUGGCAACGGUCGUUGAUUUGCGCGAGGCUUUGCACACGGUGGCGCUCAGUGCCCUUCGGCAAGUAUUUCGGGCGAUGACUCAAGUGAACUUCUUUGAUGACUUUUCCACGGACGUGUGGGCGUUGCAACACACCUCGGAGUGGGAUGUAGUUGUUGCGGCGGUCUUGUCUGCAGGGCAAAUCGCUGUUGCCCAUGACUCCACUGGUGGGAAUACGUGGUUCCAAACACGACAGCACGUUAUUGACGUGUUGCAGUUGCUUCUUUUAGAUACCGAUGGGACUUUUGCUGCUGCUUCUGUGGGUGAUACGACCAAAGUGACUCGGCACUUUGCCAAAAUGGUUGUGUUCAGGAAUGCGUCCCGUUUACUGCAGAGCGUACUGUCCGGCGUGAUUACACUGGGCACACCAGGAAACACGUUGGAAGGUUUGAACACUGCUGAGAUUACAUGUCGUCUUCGUAUUGAAAAUGCAGACCUGCUUCACUGGCUUCGAAGCCUCAUGCGAUGUCCUUCUUUGCGACUAUUGACAUGCGAUGUUCCCUGUCCACUGACAAGUCUCUCCUGGGCGACCCUCUUGGCGCAGUACUACGGUGGUGUUUACAACGCCGUGUUUGUCCUUUGCAGUUCUGUGGACCCACAGCAGAGCCCGGAUUUGGUUUUGGAAGUUCAGGACUACGCUCUGGAUCACGUGGAGCGUUGCUGGGGAACAAACCUUGCAAGCGUUUACGAUAUUCUUGCCUGGGUGGCUAAUAGUGGGACUUUUACGGAGAAUAACGCAGUACGUGAGAAGAGCGUGGAUCACCGUGCCAUUAUCAACGCCAUGUUUGGACACCUGAAGGAUGUUGGGGCAAGAGACCAUGGACGAGUCUCUGUUCUCGCGUUUAACGUUCUCCGCUGCGGUGUAGUGGAGCAUGAGGAAUUGCUUAAAUCACACAUAUCAAGGGCGUUGCUUGACGAGGCGGAUUCGGAGCGUUCUGUGUAUUUGGCGGCGGUGACAGUAGCAACGGAGGUUCUUCGUGAUCCCUCGGCGAACUGGCCACGUCUGAAAGAUCUUCUUCUGCAUGUCGCGGUGUUGUAUAACUCUGGACGAGACGAGGAAGCCUCGGAGAUGAUGGUGGCUGCAACAGAGCCUUUGAUUCUUCUUUUUCCAGAGGCUCUGCGUGUACUGUACCCACCAACGGUGCGACUCUCAGCGGUCGGACGCGCCCUUGCGAUUUCUACCAUUUUGUGGUGCUGUCAUUUAAGACAUGACUGGGCGACGGAGAUUUCGUUGGAGCUGCUGGAUUGGAACACCACUCAUGCCGCUGUGAAGCAUGAGCCGUGCAUGCCAAACUCCAGGCCCCAUCGCUGUCGUAUUCGUUUGUGGCAGUUGCUUUGUGCGCUGCUUCCCAUGCUUGACGAUGCAGCCGCUCAGCAAAGUGUUUUGGGGCGGGUAAUAAAGACGUGUCUUCCCCUCACCAACAUGGGCAGUGUAAGGCGCCUGAUGGAGUUGUAUGCAUUAAAGAUACUGGAGCGCCAGCCCGCGUUAUACACACUUUUAGAUGCGGCGAUGACAGAUUACAACUUGCGGCCUCAGGUUUGUGGGAGUUAUGUUUUGAUCAUGGCUCACAUGAUGCUUCAACAGCUCCGCGGGGAAGUGGAACGAGUGGACGGUCUUUUUCAUGUGCUGCUUCAUCGUCUUUUUCAGCAGAGCACCUCGCAUCAACACCUUCUGCGUGUCAUCUGCCACAUUGGGCUCCAUCAAAUCCAUGAAACAUGUACGAAGCAGGGGGUUAAAUUCCUUCCCACGGAGGAGAUGGUCUUUGACUACAUUGCUCGAGCACCGGAGCAUGUGAAGUUUCGUGAAAAACAUGCCGAGGAGCUUUUCUUUAAUCUGGCGGAGGCCUGCACCCCACGACAACUGUUCUGCGUUAAGAGAAGGGAGGGAAAUAACAUCCUUACGGAGAGUAUACCAGCCGCUGCCUUUGAUCGAAUGCGGUUUCUUGAUCACGAAUUCCGCUGCCUUAUUGGUGCGCUAAGCCCGGUGGAGAUGCUUCGCGUGCGGAUAAUAUCAGAUCGCUUUGAAAGCCGUCGCAUACUCGAGCCCUUUAAAAGCUUCCCGUACAUCCCACACACGGAGAGCCACACGACGUACUGCGUCGAUUACACUGCCGAAGCCAUGGCACUUCUGACAGCAGACAACAAUAACAACAACACAAACAACAGGAUGAUUGACGGGGAUGAGAACAUUCAGCGUAAGGUGACACCGUGGUGGAAUGGAUUGGUGUACAAUGAACUCCACCCGCGGGCACUAAAGCAAGAAAAGCGGCAACCGCUCAUUGUGUUAAGUUCCCUACUCCAAAACCCUGUCAAUGUCGCUGGCCUCUUCCGCUGCGGCGAAAUCUUCACAGUUGAGAAGGUUGUCGUUUCAGACCAGGCCGUCUUUGCACAUCCGCAUUUCGUGGCCGCCGCGCGCAGUGCUGAACUUUGGAUGCCGUGGGAAGCAGUAAUGGCAAAGAAUCUGCCGGAAUAUUUGGGUUCCCUGCGGCAAGACGGCUACACACUUAUUGGCAUUGAGCAGACGGCUGGAAGCGUGUCUAUGGCAUCGUAUCGCUUCCCUGAGCGCGCUGCUAUUCUGCUUGGCGCGGAAGGACACGGCGUGCCAGCGGAGCUGCUGCCCGUACUGGAUGUGUGCGUGGAAAUUCCUCAAUUUGGAUUGAUUCGUUCGCUUAAUGUACACGUCACUGGUGCCCUGGUGAUGUACGAAUACACCCGUCAGCACCUUAUGGAGAAUAAAUAG